CGGAGGGGAAUGGUGUUCCUGUGUGUGGGUUGAAGCCUUCUGAAGAGGAGCUGCUGCACUGUUUGGAGAUGGUAGAAGUUGUGAAGAUCUGGAGGUUUGUUCCAGCCAACGCUUCUGCAUGAUAAAGGAUUAUGGAAAAGUUUCAGCCUUCAGGAACAUCACUCUAGGGUUGCAGAGUCUGCCUGCACCAGCUCUGGCACAGGAGUUCCCUGCCAGCUUUCCAGCAUAGCAGAGGUUUGUGUUUGUUGGUGAUCGAUGACAGUCAUCACUACCUAGUUAAAGAGGUUUGAAAGCCUGGUCCCCUGCAGGUGCAGGCUGCCUCUCACCUCUACCCAGCGAACCCAUGGAAACACAUCAUCCAGCCAUGUGCCUGCCUGUCCUGGCAUUGUGUUCUGUGCCCCAGAGAUCCUGCAAGUGCAUCCCACUCCAAAGCUUCCCACUCCUUUGUCAGUGCAGGUGCAGAAAAAUUCUGCUGUUUUGGUAGAAGGAAAUUUGCUGGAAAGGCUUCAUGCUGCAGGACUGGCUCCACUGGCACACUUCAUCCAGAGGAGAGGGCACAUAUUUGGAUACUGUGUGUAGAAAAUAUUCCUCUCUUCAUUGCCUCUUUCACCUUUGUAGUUUGUUGAAGCCAGUGGAAGUUCUUUGAAGUCAUUCGGAUCAAAAGCUCUGCUUCUGUUGGAUUCUAUCUGCUUCUAUGACACAGUUUAUACAGAGAGACAGAAUAUAAGCACAAGCCCUGAAGGUAGAAGGAACAAAACAAGAAGGUAUUUGGCAGGGCUGUUAAAUGUCCUUCUGUCUGUAGUAAACACGGAGUGAAAGUCAUCAAGAAUUUCUGCUGCUCUAAACCAUGAGUCAGAACAGCUGGAAGGUGUCCACAGAAGCAAGUACACUGAAGAACAAUCUUUUAUAAAAUACAAAGGGGAAAAGAAAAAGUGGGAAAACUGAUUGGAGAGACUUCUUGGAAAAUUGGCUUUGCUGCUCUACCAUGGGUGAGAAGGGCUUGCUCUCCAAGAGCUCAGAGAUUAAUGAAAUAUUGUUGCGGGGAUAAAACAACACAACUCUUUAAAAAAAAAAAGGAAGAAUCUUGAUCUGAAGAUAUAACUGCAUUCAUGGUCACACUGGAAAAGUUGUUAAAAUGGAACUUCCUGUGCAUCAGUUUCUGCCCCUUCAGACUCAUAGAAGAAAUUGUGAUAUUGAGACCUAAUAUUGGACUGCUGGGUACUGAACUGCUGUUGAAUAUCCUGCACUCCUUUGUGAGGUAUUUAUUCAAGUUAGUGACUUCUGAUAACUGAACAUGAAAAAACUACUCCUCCUUCUUCUUAGUACGCCACAGAAAAACACAGUUUGCUUCAACACUGAGCUUGAACCAAAGUCACAGAGGUUACAUUCUAAGAGCUGUCGGGAGAAUUUGGGCAGAUAACUCUGCUUCCAUGCCCAUUUGGAUCAUUCAGCUAAUAACAGCCAGUGCUUGCCAGAUGAUCUGACCUCAUGGUGACCUGGGAGACACCAGCCACCUGCAGAAACCACCAUGCACGGAUGGGGAAGCACUUUGGGGUGACAGAUGAAGCUCUAUUCUCACCUCUGCAAGCGCCUCUUUGCCAGCCAAACCAAUUUUGGUGGAGGGCUACUGUGAGCCUGAUUUCCACACAGGAGUUUGCAGAAAUAUGUUUUAUUGCAGUCUGUGGUGUGAACAGUUUCUAGAAGGUCAACAAACCCUACUGAACACCCUGGAAUGACAAAGCCAAUUUCCCAGAGAGCCACUGAGCAGCCACACUGAGUGGGAAGAGGAGAAGAAUAGCAUAGGAAAACAGUGGAAAAAACAGAGAAGUGGUGUGCAGCUCCAGCUAUGAGCAUUGCUCUCCGAACCUGGAACUAUAAUGAGACUUUCCUGAGGAGCUGAAGGGAGCCACCAGCCAUGGCACACUUUGGGAGGGUGCCCUUCUCACCCAGUGAAUUCUGUGCAGGACAGCCCGGGCACCAAGCAGCUCACCCAGUGUGCCAUGCUGGCUCUGAUGUUGACAUCCCUCUGGGAUUUGAUCGAAUAGUUGAUGAAGUCAGCAACGAAUUUUUUUUUUAUGGUUCAUCCCAUCCACAUCAUCAUGAAGAAAUGUUUCUCCCAUCAAACCUUUUCAGUCAGAAUGUGCCUGACCAGCAUCUUUACAAUCCUCCUCUGGUUCCUCAAGGAGAGCUUUACCCUGGAAGUCCAAUCCCUCACUGGCAGCAAGGCACAGUGGCACCAAUGGUUGGCUUCAGACCUUCCUUACUACCUGACUGCAGAAACUUCUUUGUGGUGGGACCCCACCCCUACAGCCACGAGAGAGAACUUCAUGGAAGGAAUAGUGUAAAUUCAGUUUCAAAUGUGGAAAGGGGCAGCACAAACCUGGAGUUUCACAUAGGCUUUGACAGUCUGGAUGUUCCCAGUCCUGUUUCCUCAGACAGUUAUCCAUUUGGACAAAAAGUGACAGAAGAAAGUGGAAAUGGGGAAGCUUCCGUAACCAACAUUUCCAGAAGAUGCAGCACAGGACUUACCUACCCCCAGGGCUCUGGGCAUAACAGAGAGGCUGCAGCUUGGUCUAUCCAGCUGAUUGAAGCAGAUCAAGGAAGUAAUGAAAACACAGUUGGUUUCUGCAAUGCAGUGGAGAAGAUCAGAAAUGCCUAUCCUGCUUUUGAUUUGAAGACAAAUAGUGGGAAAAUCUGGAGUAUCACAACAAGGUUCCCAGAGCAUAUCCUUGGUGGAACAAAAUUCAGAAUCAGCAUUUGGACAGAUUUUUCACCACAUCCUCUACUCCUUACACAGUAUGCUGGCUGUAUCACUCACGACUUAAUUGUGGAGAUCCUGCGUUGCACAAAUCAAUACCCAGCCCGGGAGGAAUGCCUUCUGAGUGUUCAUGGGGCUGAUGAAUUCUUGCAAAACACCUGUACUUUGGGAAGCCAUGAAAGUCUCCACAAGGCGAGCAGCUGCAUUCAGCUUCGCUUGCACCACGCUGGUCAUUUGGAGCACAGCUUGGCUAGAACAUGUGCGGAUGACCAAAGAAGGUUCUGUGUGAAUGAGCUUUUGGAAGACACUUGUGCCUGGAGACUGAUUCGGCAGAACCUUGGCUCUGUUAUUAUCAACUACAGAGGUCAAGUGGAAUAUCUGCUGCAAAAUGAGAAUAAUGUUGACAACGUGAUUGAGGCAGCUAAAGCCAUCUGCAGUGUCCUGUGUUUUGUGGAAACCAAAGACAUCACCGAUGCAGUCUGGAAACUCCAUGCUCUGGGGAAAGCACAGAAUCCUCUUCAAAGUGUGGAAACACCAGGCAAAGCAUUAAUAGAGGCUGCUGUGACUGAGCUCUCCAUGGCCAUUUCUCGUCUCAUCCAUGUCUACAGCAGCAGCUUUGAUGCAAAUUUCCAGCUUGCCAGCCUACCUAGGAGCCCUUUAUGUGCAGACAUCAGCCUUAAUUCCCAGCUGAGCUUCACUGUUUGUGCUGCCCACAACAUCCCAGAAGCCUGGGUGACCAGCUACAAAGUUUUCUCCUUUUCCUGUUUACUAACUUAUGCUGGGAAGAUAAUAUGUCAAGUGAAGAUUUGCAAAAAUACUCCAGUUAAGAGAUCCUUCUUCUUCCUGGCUGACUGGAAUGAGAAGGUCAACUUCCCUCUACGAAUAAAGACUCUUCCAAGGGAAACUAUGCUGACAAUAAAACUGCUGGGAGUAAACAUUGCCUCUAAAAAUACAGAAGUGCUUGCUUGGACAUGCUGCCCAUUGUAUGCAAAAGAGAGGCUGGUCCGUGGCACCGUGCUGCUCAGCCUGGCACCGUGCAGCACGCUCCCCACAGCAGUGAUCACCCCGGGCAUCUGCAGCACUGAGACACCAACCUCAGCCACCCUGCAGAUUGACUUCCCAGAAGCUGAUUUGGAGUUCAUUAAACCUGAACCUGAAGACAGAAGAGGUGAUCUCGUAGAGCCAACCCAAGAGUGCCUGAAGCACAUUGCAAGACUCUCACAGAAACACUCUCUCCUGCUACUCUCAGAGCAACAGAGGAGAAUCUUGUGGUUUUAUCGCUACUCCUGCAAUAACCAGAACUGCUCCCUUCCUCUGGUGCUGGGCAGUGCACCCAGCUGGGACAGAGCCACUGUGUCAGAAAUGUAUGCCCUGCUGAGGGCUUGGAGCUUUUCUGACCCUCUGCAGGCACUUGGGCUGCUGACUUUCAGUUUUCCAGAUCAAGAUAUUCGCAGGGCAGCGGUCCAACAAAUAGAAAAUGUGUCAAAUGAUGAAUUGUUAGAAUACCUCCCACAGCUGGUCCAGGUGCUAAAGUUUGAGUGGAGUCUUGAAAGCCCUCUGGUGAAACUCCUGCUGAAUCGUUCUCUUCAGAGCAUCCAAGUAGCCCAUCAGCUUUACUGGCUGCUGAAGAAUGCACAGAAUGAAGUUCAUUUCAGAAUGUGGUAUAAGAAACUUCUGGCUGCUCUCCAAUUCUGUGCUGGACAGUCCCUGAACAAUGAAUUUUCUAAGGAAGAAAAACUCAUCAGAAUUCUGGAAGACAUUGCCACAAAAGUGAAAGCUGCCAGUGACCCAAAAAGAAAGGAGGUGUUGCAGGUGGAGCUCAGCAGACUCCAGCAGUUCUUCCAGGAGGUGAAGCUCUGCCGGCUGCCCCUGAACCCCGCGCUUGUUGUGCAAGGCAUAGAGGCAGAUUCAUGUUCUUAUUUUACAUCCAAUGCCUUUCCCUUAAAAAUCUCCUUCAUCAAUGCGAAUGCUCCAAGUGGAAACAUCAAUGUUAUUUUUAAGAUAGGUGAUGAUCUACGUCAAGAUAUGUUGGUCCUGCAAAUUAUUCGCCUGAUGGACAGCAUUUGGCUCCAAGAGGGACUGGAUAUGCAAAUGAUCAUUUACAGGUGUUUAUCUACAGGGAAAGGACAAGGCAUGGUGAAGCAGAGGAGCCUGUCAGCAAGUCAAAUUUUUACAGAAAGUCCUUGUGUGCUGCAGAGCAGCAGGGUGACAUGCCAGGGACCACACAUGGGGACAGGCAUGGAAAGCCAGGUCUCAGGAACAAAAAAAGGAAUUAAGUGCAUGCAGAAGAGACAGAGGAUUCAAGUGAAGCAUGGCAAAAUGCUUGGCUUCUCUCUGCACCUCAGAGUCCCAGUUUGUGACGUACUGGGGCUGGUACAGAUGGUGCCAGAUGCUACCACCCUAGCGAAGAUCCACAGGGAGUCUGGGCUGAUAGGACCACUGAAAGAAAACACAAUUAAAAAAUGGUUUCACCAUCACCAUCCUCUGGAAUCAAGUUACCAAGAGGCCAUAAGGAAUUUCUUUUAUUCCUGUGCUGGCUGGUGUGUUGUUACCUUCAUCCUGGGAGUCUGUGAUCGACACAGUGACAACAUAAUGCUGACAAAAGCUGGACACAUGUUCCACAUAGAUUUUGGAAGAUUUUUGGGUCAUGCACAGAUGUUUGGAAACAUAAGAAGGGACCGAGCUCCCUUCAUCUUCACAUCAGAGAUGGAGUAUUUCAUAACAGAAGGGGGAAAAAACCCACAGCGUUUCCAGGAGUUUGUGGAGCUUUGUUGUCGAGCUUAUAACAUAAUCAGGAAACACAGCCAGCUCUUCCUGAACCUGCUAGAGAUGAUGCUGCAUGCAGGGUUGCCCGAGCUGAACAGCAUCCAGGAUCUGAAAUAUGUGUAUGACAACCUCCGUCCUCAGGACUCAGAUCUCCAGGCUACAAGCUACUUUACAAGGAAAAUAAAAGAAAGUUUGGAGUGCUUUCCUGUUAAACUCAACAACCUGAUCCACACUCUUGUGCAGAUGUCAGUGGGGAGCUCUGCAAAGCCUCCAGCUCCAGAGACUGUCCCCCAGGAAUGGAUGAUGCUGGACACAGAGAGGUCAAUCUCAAGGGCCACCAUUCUGGGAUUCAGCAGAAAGCCUGACCCCGUAUUCCUUGUCCAGGUGGUGCAGACCUGCAACGUGGUCAACUUUGUGGAAAAAUCAUUCCACCAGUUCUCAGAACUUCACAGCCAUCUCCAGAAGCAAUUCCCAUCUCAUGCCCUCCCAGAGUUUCCCCACUCAUGGCAUAUACCUUUUACGGAUCUUGAGCAUAAGAGAGUGAAGGAUUUGAACCUCUAUCUGAAGCAGCUAUUAAGUGGCUCCAGGAAACUGGCUAAUAAUGAGCUUGUACUCAGCUUCUUCCUCAACUGGUCCAAAAAUACCUUGGCAGAACACCCAUCAUCUCUGACCUUAGGUCCUCAGUCAACUGGUCACAAGCCUGGAGUACAACUGGUCAUAUCCUAUGAGAACACCUGCCUGACAAUAAUGCUGAAACACAUGAGGAACCUCCACCUCCCAGAUGGCUCUGCCCCAAGUGCACAUGCUGAAUUUUAUCUUCUGCCAGACCCUCAUGAGGUCAGUCGAAGGAAAACAAGAACAGCUCCAAAAGGCUCUGACCCUACUUACAAUGAACUCAUUGUCUAUGACAGAGUCUCAGAGCUCCAAGGCCGUGUGCUGAAGCUGGUUGUGAAAAGCAGAGGAACAUUCGUGGGAGCUGUUAACAUUCAACUGAGCAGUGUCCAGUUCAAUGAAGAAAAGUGGUACCCAGUGGGAAACAGUGUCAUUUAAAUGUUCUCCAAGAUGAUUCAAUUAUUUUCCCACUAAUGUUUCUUUAUCCCAUUUCCCACGGUACAUUUUGUCUCAGCUGCCCUUGAGAAUAAGCAGUCAUCUCAUGAGCACAUAUCCUAACAUUUCUAACCAUAAAGUUAUUGUCUUAAAAGUGUUACCAUCUUCCUACCACAGAUUCCUGCACGUGUGAGCUUUUAUCACAUGCUAAAAACUUGUAGCAACAUGCAGAAAGCUCUUAUGACUGCAAUAAUGGGCUUGGUUUUGUUACUAUUAAACAGUACUGUAAAAAUACUGAAUUCUGUGCACAUCAGUGUGUGGGGGCUCGUUCUUUGCCCAUUAAUUCCACUGACUGUGCUGAAACAAUGCUGAUAAUGCUGUAAUUUAUCAUCACUGCAUGUGAUUUCAGAAAACCAUGGGAUGGUUUAUAUAUUUCAUAUGUAUUUCAGAUGUCCAGAAAAUUUCACAUUAAAUCUUACCCAAUCAAUACUUUGCUUUUUAAAGAACUUUAAAAGUUUUGAUACAAUGUAACAUUUAAUCCAGGAUAUUAAUUUGUCAUUAAUAUAUAAUUGUCUCUUUCAUUCUGACAUCCAAAAGGCAGAUAUAACUGGUCAUUUGUGUGAAGAAAAAAGGAGGGAGAAGCUAAUAUUAAUGAAUAAAGAGAAUAUAUUGAA